AUGGCAACCCGUUUGGCUUCGUUACUUCUUCAGGUGCCUCCCUGCAUACAUAUGCAUUCCUCGAGUGCCCGGUCGGGGGAAUCAGACAGCAAACUAGCCUCAACGCGUGCAGGUAGGCUCCCCCGUCAGGAUCAGUCUACCUGUAGAACAGAAAGAGAUUGCAAAAGAUUGGAGGGAACCGUUUCACCGCCAGCAGCAUCCCACAAGAAAAGGCUUCGCUGUCCUCUGCAGGGGGCUGCAACAGCAGACAGGGAAGUUGAGUUGCCAAUAUCAAGCCAAUGGGCUCACUCUUUCUCUGUGAGGCCAAAUGGAUGGGUGAAGGGUAUCAUCGUGUUAGCUCUAACACUAAUGUGCCUUGUGCAGCAUGUCGCCUGCGUUCGGCCCUUGGGAGGCGACCAACUUGAAUGGCCAAAUGCCCCUCAAGUGCACAUCGGCUCGAAUGAAAAGCUGCAGGCUGAAGCCAUCAGCCUAAUGAGGCAUCAGUUUUCUCAGAUGGCCAAUCAGAAGGUACUGGAAGCUGAGGCAGAACCCUCGUUAUCCUCUUCUCAAAAGUUAACUACAAAGUCCUUAGUCAUGCUGCAGCUUGACGGGUCGGCAGCAAGCGCUGCAGGAACUCGAUCUGCAGGGUUCCUCGACAGCGCAGACAACCUGGGAGCAGUUCUUGUGGGGGAGAUGGACGGAGACGGAACUAUGAGAAAGGUGAUGGAAACGGGACUGGAUAUGCGUGGGGGGCCUUUGACUGCUGAAUCGGCACCCUAUUCAUUCUUGAAUUGGGGGCAAAUAGGGGGAAUGAUGCAAAGCCCAGCACUGGCUCAUACCGGUAUGCCAGUGUACAUGCCUCGCCAGGUUGUUGGGACCACCAUCGGGCUGGAUUUUGAUUCUCCUGCCACUUUCCACGGGCCUCUGUUGGUGCUGCUUAUGGUCUGCAUCCUCAUCUUCUUCGUCGUGCUCCUUCUGUGCUGCUGGAUGGUCAAAAGCAAGCAAAAGCAUGACAAAUAUAUGGCAGAGAAACUCCCGCGCUAA